AUGGGCCAGGACUUGCCGUGGCUCAACCACUCCGGCAGCCCACGGGCGGCGGGCAACGCCUGUGCGGGGGACGGGCAGCGCGGCGGGCCCUUCGCCGCCGCCACCGCCGCGCUGCUGGCGGCGCUCAUGGGGCUGCUGGUGCUGGCCACGGUGUUGGGCAAUGCCCUGGUCAUCCUGGCGUUCGUGGUGGACCGGAGCCUCCGAACACAGGGCAACUUCUUCUUCCUCAACCUGGCCAUCGCCGACCUCCUGGUGGGCAGCUUCUGCAUCCCCCUCUACAUCCCCUACGUGCUGACGGGCGAGUGGAGACUCGGCCGGGGCUUGUGUAAGCUGUGGCUGGUGGUAGACUACCUGGUGUGCACCGCCUCCGUCUUCAACAUCGUCCUUAUCAGCUUCGACAGGUUCAUCUCUGUCACCAAAGCGGUCAGUUACAGGGCUCAGAAAGGGAGGACCAGAAAUGCAACACUGAAAAUGAUCACUGUAUGGAUUGCUGCUUUUCUUCUUUAUGGUCCAGCCAUUCUCAGCUGGGAGCACAUUGCCCAAAAGAGCAUCCUCCCUGAAGGAGAAUGUCACGCAGAAUUCUUCUACAACUGGUAUUUCCUAAUGAUUGCCUCCACUAUUGAAUUCUUUACACCUUUCAUCACUGUUACAUACUUUAACUUAAGUAUUUACCUCAACAUCAGGAAACGCACAUCACGCAGAAAUGAAAACCUAUCACCUGGUCAAGAGGACUGUGAAAUGAGUUUCCAGGGGAAAAAAAGGGAACACACGAUAUUUUUUGUAAAACCUGCUAACAGACACAAACAUGAGAAGAGAGCAAGCAGCCUUUCUCCCCCAAAAAAGGCUUCAAGGCUCAGCCUACAUAAGCUUGACAAUCGGUCAUUAAAUUUGGAUGUCAAUCAAGACCUUCCACCACUUCAGGUGGAAGUUGAGACUAAGCCUCACAGGAACAGUUUUUACAAAACUACAGAAAGCAUAUGCAACGCCACCAGCAGAGUGGACAUUGCUAACACUAUGGCAAAUAGAUUUAGACUUUCCCGGGAUAAAAGAGUAGCAAAGUCUUUAGCAAUUAUUGUCUGUGUGUUUGGUUUGUGCUGGGCUCCAUAUACACUUCUGAUGAUCAUCAGAGCAGCUUGUCACGGGCACUGUGUGCAGUAUUCACUCUAUGAGACUUCAUUUUGGCUUCUGUGGGUGAAUUCAGCCAUUAACCCUGUUCUAUACCCAUUAUGUCACAUGAGCUUUAGGAAAGCCUUUAUGAAACUCCUGUGUCCAGGAAAAGCCAAAAUUCAUCCUCAUAUUUUUAUGUGA